AUGCUCCGGGCCGUGAAAGUCCCCGAGGACCUGCUGUCUGUCAGCAGCGGCGUUCUGGAGGAAUACGUGCGCCAGCGCUUUGAGCAUUUCCUCCUGGGCCUGACGCGGCGCCUGAGCGCGCUGGCGCCCGGCGCGGACGCCGCCCUCGUGCGCCGCGCCGCGGGGGAGGCGCUUGGGGCGCUGCCGCCGGCGGACUAUGGAGGAGUGCCCGUCGAGAGCCUGGGCCUGCAGCUGGUAUUCAGGCACGACUGCCGCGCCUCCGGCUGCCUCGACCCCGGCUGCGCGCUCUGCCGCCACAACACUUCGCGCCGGUGCGCCGCAAACUUCCGCCGCAAGUACCUAUCAGACGAGCGCCUCACGGCUGACUGCGGCGCGGGUCUGCGCGUGGAGCUGGUGGACCCGUCCACGGGUGACACUUUCCUGGAGCAGCUGCCUGGGGUGCGCGUGGAGGUGGUUGCGCUGGACGGCAACGCGUUUGAGGCUUUGGCGGCCAGCAGCGGCGCAGGAACGGGGUCCAUCGACGCCGCGUUUGACGAAAUCAGCGUCACCGACAGCUGCGAAGCUAUCUUGGACGGCCGCAAGCCCCCAAUUCGCCUGCUCGCCCGCGCGCGCCACCGGGACGGCCGCUCCCUGUCGAUGCGGGCAGCGGUGUCGGAGAGCUUUGUGGUGGUGACUCAGCGGCAGAAGUGUGACCUCAAGGCCGAUUUUCCCAGCGUGGACGACCCGGUGGCUGUGCUCGUGCACAUGGGCGCCAAGACGGUGAAGAAGCUCCAGGACCUGCGUAGCGCGGCCCACAAGGCGUCUUUGCCGCUCCCUGAGGGCAUCAUCAACUCCGUGGCAAAGGUGGGGGACUUCCAGGUCCUGGCGCGGCAGACGGACCAUGACCCACAGCUGCACGCCAUCCUCCUGCAAGUGCUCAAGAUGUCCAAGGACAAGUGGGAGCAGGCGCGGGAGCACGCGCUGAGGGCGGUGGUGCCAGACAACAUGAUGCGAGCUUGGUUCGCAGACAGGAGGGCAAUGGAUGUGGGCCUGCUCUUCACCUGCUGCCUGGCCAGAGUGGAGCUCAGGACGCCCGUCGGGGAGGGAGGGCGGCCGGUCCUGGAGGCGGUGCCGGCGCCGCAGCAGACGUCCGACCAGCGGGUGCUGGUGCAGCAGCUGCAGCAGGCCGCGGCCGCGGGCUGGUGGAGCCCCGGCCAUCCGGGGAGGUCGGUGUUCCGGGUCAAUUCCAAUGAGUUUGCAGAG